AUGACGCCAACGCCACCAUCCACAACCUCCUCCAGCGCGGGAGGGCACUCUCCAGACGCCCAAUUGAAGUGUAAUCGGUCGCAUCCAUGCGAGAACUGCAUCAGGAGGGGUGACGCUUCCUCCUGUUCGUAUGCAGCGCCGGGCACGCGCAAGAAGAAUCAAAGUCAAGGAGCAACCAGCCCUGAUGAUAUGCAAAACCGUAUUGACCGUUUAGAAGGCCUAGUUCUGUCGUUGAUGACCAAUGGCGCCCAGUCUGCUGGUCCAGCCGCGGCCGCUGCUGCCAUCUCCCGCUCACAGAGCGAUAGUGCUGGUUCGAUUUCCUAUCCCGUCGAGCUUGAUAAUGAUGAAGAUGACAUGAUUAAGGAAGAAGACGAAGGUGAGAAUAGUGAGGUUGAAGGGGUAACUAGCUCUCUCGGCCAUCUGAAAGUAGACGCAGAUAAGGGGAAGUCAUUAUACAUUGGGGACUCACAUUGGCAUGCAGUUCUAGCAGACACUUUAAAAUACCAUUUCAAAGGUGUUCGGCUUCUUGGCCAACACGAGGACAGAGUCAUGAUCACCGAAGUCAAAAACUAUUUUUCCGCGCACAAACAGGACCUGGAAAAAAACUACGAGAGGAUCCGGCAAUCGAAGCCCCGUUCCGCGAUUGAUGGGCCAGCAUUCCUUUUCAGUGCUCAGAGCCCUGUCACGGAUGUUGAGUUGCGUGGGGAGGUGCCAACCAAAUCGGCUGUCGACAAGCUCGUGACUCGAUACUUCAAUUCGUACGACCCUGCUUUACACAUCCUUCAUUCCCCGACAUUUCACAAGGAGCUUCAUAAUCACUGGCAAGAUCCGUCAAAGAGCUCAAUAGUAUGGCUUGGUCUUCUAUACUCCAUUCUCUGCCUGGCCAUGCAAUCCUACCACAAGAUUGGGGAUGAGCCAUUAGAAUGGAAAGGUCGUACAAACGAGCUAGCCGCAGAAUAUAGAUUGCGUACUGUGCAAUGCCUCGUCAACUCAGAUUACACCAAGUCAUCAACGUAUACUAUUGAAACGCUCCUUCUUUACAUACAUGGCGAGUACGCAAGCCGGUGGGACGCAGAGGUGGGAAUUUGGGUUAUAGCAGGUAUCAUUGUUCGAUUAUCUCUGAGGAUGGGAUAUCACCGCGAUCCGAGCAAUUACCCAAACCUCUCACCCUUCCAGGGAGAAAUGAGGCGGCGGAUAUGGUCCUUUAUACGCCAACUUGAUACGAUGUUCUCAUUUCAACUAGCUCUACCAAGUAUGAUUCGGAACUCUGAUGCAGACACUGUAUUACCCCGCAAUAUAUUCGAAGACGAGUUUGGUCCAGAAAGCAAAAUACUACCACCAGCAAGGCCUUUUACAGAGCCCACACCAAUAUCGUAUAUGAUCAUGAAGGCCCAAAUAUCUUUCGAAUUUGGUUCUAUAUUGGAGGAGAUCAACGCGGUUACGGGCAAGGCUAUCAGUUAUGAUGAGAUCCUGCAGCGUGAUAAUCGUCUACGAGAGCUGAAGAACGACAUGCCCCCACAUCUCCGUCUACGUCCUUUAGAGGAAUGUAUGCAUGAUCCUGCAACAUUGUUGAUGCAGCGGUUCAAUAUCGAUAUAUUUUGGCAAAAGACGAUGUGUGUUCUUCACCGAAAGUACAUCGCUCGAGCUCGACAGAAUCCUCGAUAUGCUCACUCGCGUCGUGCGUGUGUUGAUGCAUCUAUGGAAAUUCUUCGUCACCAGGCUAAACUCAAUUGCGAAUCACAACCCGGAGGUCGAUUGCGAUCUAUGAAAUGGUUCAUUUCGUCUCUCACGAAGCACGAUUACUUGCUUGGGGCCAUGAUUGUGUGUCUCGAUCUGCAUUACGAUCAAGUCUCCAAAACGAUGGUAGACCGUCCUCCAAACUAUGACCGAUAUUUCUGGACCCCCGCACAACGUGCAGAGAUGUUCAAAGCGCUCGAAUCAUCGCAAGAGAUAUGGAAAGCAACAGCUGAGACAUCUAUGGAAGCCUAUAAAGCAUCCAGCGUUCUUGGGAUUAUGCUUGAGAAGCUCCGAUGUCCGAAAGGGCCCGCGCCAGAUGGCCCGACGACAAAUGAAGUCUUUGCACAAUUUGAUGAAGAGAGUAUGAAGCCCGAGCAUUCGGCAGCAAUGACUCUCGGUAUGAUGUCGGGUGGUUUGACACCCAACUCUGCAGCUCUGUUCAAUUCUAUGGCUCAGUCACCUGGGGGCACAAGAUAUGGCAACAUGGACAUGAACAUGUCCGACCCAUCUAGCAGUACGGGAACAGGACUUACCCCCAACUACCAAAUGGACAGCACAAACCCCUUCGCUUCGAUGAAUAGUGUGGCAUCACCCUUCUCGGUCUUCAAUAAUGCGGGAACUGGCACUGGAAUGAUGGACGUGCCAGCAAACCUGGACUGGGAGGCAUGGGACUCAUACAUCCAGAACGGCAACGCCAUCGAUCCAGCAUUCCAGUUCUACCCGACGAAUAACGAUCAACCGCAGUUGAAUCCAGAUGGGCAAUCGAAUGACGCGCCACAAUAUGGCAAUAGCGUUUUCAUGGGGGCUAACACACCGGGGAAGUGA